AUGAAUCAAAUCAAAGGACCUAAAUUAAACUUUAGUACACCUAUCAAAAUAUAAGACUUCAUUGAAGAUAAACUAUAUUCAGUAUUUGAUCUUGAAAGCACUGACUCCUUCAAAAAUAAAAAAAUUUCGAAAUAAGUCAAAUUUGCACCCACAAUUACAAUUUUUCUUAGAUAUCAAGAUGAAGAUAUCUAUCGAUUCAGAGAUAGACUUAUAACAUAAGUUAAAAUGACAAAAGAAAUAUAUAAUCUUAAUCCGACACUUGAGGAAUCUCCAAAAAAAUAAUAACUUAAAUCAUGCAUAAGGGUUCCUAUAGAUUCCGAUUAUUGA